AUGCAGCGACUCCCUACGGAGAUACAUGACCGCAUCGUGUCCUACGUGAAAUGCUUCGAAGAAAUCCCAAAAUAUGAAGAUCCUUGCUUAUAUCCACCAAUGUACUUGAUUCACAAAGACGCCCGAACAGCCUUGAGCAAUCUCCGUCUAGUUGAUAAGACUUUCAGUCGUAGCGCAUCACGAGCGCUAUUCGGAGGAGCUCGUGCACUCUUGGGUCACGGAGUAUCUUCUAUCUCAAAACUCGAGACAUUAUCAUCGAGUCGAUAUGCUCAACAUGUUCGUCUCAUACAGUUCGAUAUCGGGGACAAAGAUCUGGACGAUCUCCUUCGAGAUGAGAUUAGCGAGGAAGAACACGAGGAACAUGAAGAUGUUCAAGAAGAAGUUGAUGAAGGAGGGAAUUUCAGGCUGUCAGGAAAAGCUGUCAAUCGCCUAUCAUCUCUCAUCACCGAGUUUCGCAAUCUGAAGGCUGUUAGUAUUUGGCCUAAGGAGUUCGUCCCACUCGAGAAAGCGAUCGGGUUCCUUUCUCAGAUCAUUAUCACAAUCGCUGACUUGGAGUCUCGCGGUGUCAUUCACAAGGUCACUGAUCUGAGAUUGCCUCUCGAUGGUGCUACUCAUCUGAUAACGUUACUUGACAAUGGCGACCAUCAGACAGAUAUUCGGAACUUUCUACAACACGUUCAAAACCUGGAUUUCAUGGGGUUUAUUGGGGUUGCUGAUAGUAUUGGUGCUCCAACGGGGUUGACAGAUCUUGACACACUAAUCAAGUCUUCGUCUAAUCUUCUCUCCCUCUCAAUUCUUGGCGACCUUACUUUGAUAUCCUUCGUUAAAUUCGAUCUUGGCCUAAGACUUCGACUGGAGUCCUUGAAAUUGUGUGAGCUGGAAAUCACCUCUUAUGAUCUUCUGGCUUUACUGGAAGCAUGCAAGGAGUCCAUGAGGUUUAUUUCACUUGAUUAUCUCGAGCUCGUCUCUGGGUCGUGGCUUCACGUUUUAGUACAAAUCAAGAAGAACCUGACGAAAUUGAACACGUUCUUUUUCAUGCCAAGUGACCCAUAUCUUGACGAACUAGGAAGUGAAGACCCUGAGUUUGAGGUUUGUUUCCUUUGGCACGCACUUGGUGAUAUCCAGCGUCAAACAAACUCAAAUAGGAUUGCUGCAGGCCUAAAGCCGUGGACGAGCAAGACAUAUUUGCACCUCAACUACCCACCUCUGGAAGUUAUCACGAACAACAAGUAUUAUGAAGAACUAAUAUCACAGAAAUGGGAUGCAGAGAACUCCACAAGCCAUUGCUGA